UGUCGUCAUCAAAACGAGACGUUACCGGAUACAGCAGUGUAUCGAAAGGAAAGGGGAACAAACGAAGUGACAAUGAAUUCCAGAGGACUUCGCUCUCAGCUUAAGGACAGUGUACCUGUGGCUGGGUUCUCUCCACAGGGAGCUUACGGAGUGCAGGACUCCCUCCGUAGUGGAUUUACCAGUGUUAAGAAUGAACUGCUUCCAAGCCACCCGCUGGAGCUGUCAGAAAAAAAUUUCCAAUUGAACCAGGAUAAGAUGAAUUUCUCAACACUCAGAAACAUCCAGGGUCUUCACGCUCCUCUAAAACUGCAAAUGGAGUACAGGGCGGCCCGACAGAUCCAGCGUCUCCCAUUCCUACAGAGCUCAAAUUUGGCUCUCGAUACGCUGCGAAACAGCGAUGAGUCCAUUGGAUUUGAAGACGUCCUCAACGAUCCAGCCCACAGUGAAGUGAUGGGUGAGCCACACAUGAUGGUGGAGUACAAAUUGGGAUUGUUGUGAACAGAGUUGUGCACACAGAUCCAUAUUAUUAUUAUGUAUGAAUACAUUUGUUUAUCAACUCCAUAACCAAAGUUAGUAGUUGGUGGAGAGUUUUAGUUGUGGAGUACUUUUGAGCAGGAAAUGGGUGUGCGUGUGUAGUGAUCUUGAAAAAAGUCACUCACACAGGCUGCUUUUGUAUGAUUUCAUUUGGUUAUUUCUAAUAAACUUCAUGACUCUCCUCA